UGUGUUGUGGGCGCGUUGGUGGUGAACGAGCGGUAAGGGUGUAGGGCUGGUGUGAUUGGUUGUAAAUGCCGGUGCGUUUGAAUGGACCAAUGAGGGUGAGGCCAUUGACUGGUAGUCUCUAUACCAGUGCUAUGCGAUGCGAAUGCAUGCAAUGGCAAUGCAGUCAAUGUGUAUACUCUCUAUGCGAGUCCUAUUCGAAUGCUAUACCAAUGCUAUACUAAUGCCAUACUCUCUAUGAUAUGCUGUGUAUGCGAUGUAUGCUAUGCUAUGAGUGGUAAUACCAUAGCUCUAACAUAGCCUCCCAUUGGAUUGCAUUGGAUUUGUAUUGUUGUGAACACUGCUGUGAAUACUGUGCACUGCAUUGAGGCUCUCAUAGAGACUGCAUUACGUUCUAUACAUUCAAUACAUUCGUACAGACUUUGCAUUCAAUUCUACCAACACUUGAAUCCAAGUUUUGAAUUUGUCUUUUGCUCAACAAAUACUAAACCCAUUCGCUAUGCCGAAAGAGCCGGGCAAACCUCGCGGUCGUAUGUCUGCGUACGCCUACUUCGUGCAGACGUGUCGAGAGGAGCACAAGAAGAAGCACCCGAACGAGAACGUGGUGUUCGCCGAGUUCUCGAAGAAGUGCGCCGAACGCUGGAAGACCAUGAAUGACAAGGAGAAGAACCGCUUCCACGUGUUGGCCGAGAAGGACAAGAAGAGAUACGACGGAGAAAUGGCUAACUAUAAGCCCCCGAAGGGAGAGAAGGGCGGCCGCAAGAGGAAGAGGACCAAAGACCCGAACGCCCCGAAGCGGGCCCUCUCGGCCUUCUUCUGGUUCUGUAACGACGAGCGCCCGCGAGUUAAGGAGACUAUGAAUGACGCGACCGUCGGAGAGGUGGCCAAAGAACUCGGCCGGCGAUGGAAUGAAUGCACUGAAGACCAGAAGAGCAAAUUCGAGGCGUUGGCCGCCAAAGACAAGGCUCGCUAUGAAAAGGAGAUGAAGGUGUAUAAGGCGAAGAAGGGAAAGCCGGCGCCCGUGAAGGCGCCCCCGAAGAAGGAGGAGUCGGACGAUGACGACGAGGAGGAGGAAGAAGAAGAGGAGGAGGAGGACGACGAUGACGACUGAACACUUGGUCGCACCAGUGCUCGACUCGACCACCAGUUGGGCUCUCAUCACAACUUGAAAUUUGUUCAUAACUUCUCUUUGAUUUUUAUUCAUUUAAUUCUAAACACAAUAAUAAUUCAUAAAUCGAUAGGUUUUUGACUUUUCUUUAUUCACCAGUAAUUUAGUCCCAUUUUUCACAUAAUUAUUCAUUUCAUACAAUUUUAAUGUUCAUUAAAACUGACUUUCGGGCAGAUUUUGGUUGUAAUUCUAUUAUUAGAUUCAAUGGAUUUGUUUUCAAUACUACAAUACAUUGUAUUUCAAAUUAUAACUUAUGAUAAUAACAUUUCUUUGUGUGAGUACUUAAUGUUGAUUACAAUUCAAUUACACACUAAUUGUUUCAUAGAUUUCAAUGUAUUUAAUGUAAGACUUGUCGACAAAUACUAAACUAUUAUUUAAUUAAUCGGAGACUCAUUUGUGGACAAAAUGUCUUGACUUUUAUUAAAAAUUCUUAUCUCUAAA